AUGGGAUCCGUUCCGGCUCCCCACGACCGCCGCGGCUUUGAGAUUGCCGUGAUAUGCGCACUCCCCCUGGAAGCAGAAUGCGUACAAGAGGUAUUUGACAAGUUCUGGGAAGAUGAAGGCAAGAGAUAUGGGAAAGCGGCGGGGGAUCCCAACGUGUACACCCCUGGGGUGAUAGGCGACCACAACGUGGUGCUUGCCUACAUGCCCGGGAUGGGGACCACCAGCGCCGCGGCCGUCGCAGGAGCCAUGCGAGUGAGCUUCUCCAACAUCAAGCUCGCUCUGGUGGUUGGCAUCUGCGGAGGCAUGCCCUACGAUGCCAGUGGAAACGAGAUUUUGCUCGGCGAUGUGAUCAUCAGCCAAGCUCUUAUACAAUAUGACUUUGGAAGGCAAUACCCGGAAGGAUUCAGGAGGAAGACCGGAAUGCAAGACACUCUUGGCCGACCCAGCCCGGAGAUCCGAGCCAUCCAGGCCAAACUGGGGACGAGUCGCUAUCGGCAAAGGAUGCAAAAGGAUAUCGCCACAUUCCUCGAGGAUUUGGAGAAGAAGCUGCCGAAGACGAAGGCUCCUGCUCGGGAGAAUGAUGUACUCUAUCACUCCUCCUACGUGCAUCAGCACCAUCCACCAGAAGCAUGCGAGUGUAGUGAAGAGGACCAAAUAUGUGUGAAGGCUCUUCAGACAAACUGCGAAGAUCUCGGCUGUGAGACUGUUAAGCGAGUUACACGCCAUCGCUUGGGCAAUGCAAUGACGGAACCUAUUGUCCAUUUUGGUGUCACGGGUUCCGGGAAUACCGUGAUGAAAUCGGGACGGCAUCGCGAUCAAGUGGCCAAGGUCGACGGAAUCAUUGCGUUCGAGAUGGAAGGCGCUGGUGUUUGGGACUAUUUCCCGAGCAUCGUCAUCAAAGGGGUGUGUGACUACGCCGACAGUCACAAGAGGAAGGGCUGGCAAAGGUAUGCCGCGGCCACGGCGGCGUCAUGUAUGAAAGCUUUCUUAAUGGAGUGGGCUCCGCGGGAGAGAUCGUCUAGUCCAGUUAACGAGAUCAACGCCAAGACGUAUUUUGUCAUUCCAGUGCAGCGAGUGAAAGAUUUCAUCGGUCGUCAAGAGGAGCUUCGCCAAAUUCGAGCGUACUUUCACGAACGGAUCGAUAGACCUCGAGUCUUAGUGCUCCACGCAAUGGGAGGACAGGGCAAGAGCCAAAUUGCUCUUGAAUACUGUCAACAGCAGCGAAAACAAUAUCGUGGGAUCUUCUGGAUCAAUAGCAGCUCUAAAUCUACCCUGACACAAGCUAUUGUCAGCAUUGGACGCGAAAUCAAUAUAGCAGCAACGGAAGCAUUGGGUGACGACGAUGCGAAGAUCGCUUUUACUGUCCGUACACUCGAACAGUGGGAGGAGCGUUGGCUCAUGGUGUUUGACAAUUGUGAUGAUCCGGCCACUUUCUCGGAUAUCGAGCAGUUUAUCCCUCAAGGUGGCCGAGGGGAUGUUCUCUUCACCAGUCGUCAUGGGGGUCUGAGAGAGUUAGGGCGUAUCAUCGAUAUCCCACCUCUGCCGGACAAGGCCGGUGUCGAGUUGCUUCUGCAUCGAUAUAUCGGCAUCGAUGUGAACCAAUACCUGUCUGAAGGCUCUACCAUCGUGAGACGGCUGGGGGGUCUAGCCUUGGCCAUCGACCAAGCAUCCGCCUAUAUGACGUAUCAGCAGCUACCGGUCUACCGGUUGGGUGAUUUCUUGGCGCGCUUUGAGGCGGAGCGGAAGAAGGUGCUUCAGCAUACAGCUGAACAUUUUUGGCGAUACAUGAAGAUUGACGAUGAGAACGGGCGGGGGAAAGCCAUCAAUGCAUUCACCACGUGGGAAAUGUCAUUCCAACAACUCCUCUCGGACUGGGAUCCGCCCCAGGCCGUGGAGCACUUUCUCACCCUUGCGGCGUUCCUGGGUCCUGCUCAAGUCAAUGAGUCUCUGUUUAAGUUUCACCGAGAGCUGGAGUACCCUCCACCGGACUGGUGCGACAUUUUUACUCCUUCCUGUCGCUCAGACGAUGACAGCUCGUCCAGCGACGCCGAGGAAGAAGUUGACCGCCAAGAGCAAGUAACACGUGACCAGCCCGCGGAGGCUCACAAGACGGCCCCAGAAGGUUCGAAGAAGAUGUGGGACGCUGAAAAUUUUUGGCGUCUCCUCCGGCAGGCGCACCAGAUGUCGCUCUUACAAGAUAUCUUACCAUCGACACCGUCCGAAGGGGCCAGCUUUGUGCUACAUCCGCUGAUUCGCGACUGGCUGCAAUUACGAUUACGCUCGAAAGAGCGGCAGACGUAUACUCGCGAAGGUGUCGAUGUGGUUGUUAGUUCUAUUCGAACAUAUCAAAACCGGGUUAGCGAUGCCACGAUCAAGCGGUCGAUUCUUCUGCACAUGGAUGCCACUCUCUUGACGGUGAGAGACUUGUUUAAAAAUGGUGCUCGACUGGGCCAGGAUAUUACGAGUUGUAACAACGCGGAUUGGUUUGCUUCAUUCUAUCGAGACCAGGGACAUUUCGAUGCUAGUCUCGAUUUAUAUCGUACAGUCAUUAUGACGAGAAAGAGGGUGCAGGGGAAGGAGCAUCCAUCGACGCUGACAAGCAUGAAUAACCUCGCCGCCGUGCUGAGCGAUCAGGGAAAGUACGAGGCGGCGGAGCAGAUGCAUCGAGAGGUGGUAGAAGUGAGGGAGAGGGUGCUGGGGAAGGAGCAUCCAGAGACGCUAACAAGCAUGAACAACCUCGCCGGGGUGCUAAGCGAUCAGGGAAAGUACGAGGCGGCGGAGCAGAUGCAUCGAGAGGUGGUAGAAGUGAGGGAGAGGGCGCUGGGGAAGGAGCAUCUAUCGACGCUAACGAGCAUGAAUAACCUCGCUUUAGUACUGAGCGAUCAGGGAAAGUACGAGGCAGCGGAGUAG